AUGCUCUUUCUUUCUUGGACAAAACCUCUGUGUUACAGAGGUAAUUUCUUCCCUUCAAUCCAAUUGUUUGCUUUAUUGCAAGACCAUGAAGCUAUGUUUCAUUCUUUCUCUGCUAGUCCCUCAAAAUAUUCUUCAUUUCAAGAAAAGCCAUCAAUUUCAAGAAAGCGUAAAGUUGUUGUCUUUAAGGAUUUUAGACAUGUGAAUAAUUUAGACCAUGCUGUUAGUGUCUUUAAUCAAAUGGUCCAAACAAAACCAAUUCCUUCUGUUGUAGAGUUUGCAAAAUUGUUAAGGGUGAUGAUUAAUAAGAAAUAUUAUUGUGGUGUUGUUUCUUUUUUUGGAGAGAUGAGGAAGCUAGGGGUUCCCUUUGAUGAUUAUAUCUUGACUAGUGUGAUUGAUUCAUUUUGCUUGUUGGGUUGUACUGAACAUGGGUUUUCAGUGUUGGGUAUUUUUUUCAAGAGUGGUGUUCAGUUUAAUGUUGUUACUUUCAGCACUCUUAUAAGGGGACUUUGUGAACAAAAUAAGAUUAAGGAUGCCAUGUGGUUGUUUAAUAAGUUGGUGACAGAGAAAAUUUGUAAGAUUGAUGAAGUAAUGUUUGGUACUGUCAUGAAUGGGCUAUGUAAACAAGGGCAUACUCAAACAGCUCUUAGUUUGUUGAGGAUAAUGGAGCAAGGGGGUCCUAAACCUAACACAAUUGUGUAUAGUAUCGUCGUAGAUGCGCUUUGCAAAGACAAAAUGGUAGGUGCUGCUUUCAACCUUUUCAAUGAAAUGAAAUGAAAAGGCAUUACUCCAAAUGUACUUACAUAUAGUUCACUGGUUGAUGGUUUGUGUAAGUUUGAUGAGUGGGAAAAGGUUAGGCUGCUUUUGGAUGAGAUGAUGUACCUUAAUAUUUUUCCGAACGUGCACACAUUUAGCAUGUUGAUAAAUGCAUUUUGCAAAAAAGGGAUGGUUGAAGAUGCUGUGGAGGUGUUAACGAUAAUGAUCCAAAGAGGUGAACAUCCAGAUGUGGUUACCUACAACGCUAUAAUGGAAGGAUAUUGUCUGCACGGUGAAGUAGAUGUAGCAAGGAGAAUUUUAGACUCUAUGGUUGAUACUGGCGUCAAGCCUGACAUCUUUAGUUACAACAUAUUAGUCAAUGGGUAUUGCAAGCAAAAAAAAUUAGAUGAGGCCAUGCAUUUGUGUUGUGAAAUCUCGCAGAAGGGGUUGAAACCUGACAUUGUUACAUAUUCUACUAUCUUGCAAGGCCUAUUUGAAGUUGGUAGAGUUGAGUGUUCAGAACAUUUCUUUACUGAGAUGCAAAAUGCAGGCCAUACUCCUGACAUUUACACUUGUGGCAUAAUGCUUCAUGGUUAUAUAAAGAAUGGACACGUAGAAAAAGCUAUGUCCCUCUUUCAUAGGUGGGACAAACAAAAAGAAGAUACUAAUAUUUUAAUCUACAAUACAGGCAAUGGUGGAUUUUUUAGAAUUCAAAAGCUUGAUAAAGCUCGUUCUAUUUUUGAUAAGCUUUAUUCCAUAGGGUUGCAUCCUGAUGCUAUAACAUACAAUGUAACAGUAAAUGGACUUUGUAUUGAAGGUUUAGUAUAUGAAGCCAAAGAGUUGCUAAGAGAAA